AUUUGGAGAGAUUAUGAAUAACAAAGAGUGUUUUGAUGGGAUUGAAGAAUCUGGAAGUAGCUUUUUGAAGGAGAACUCAGUAGAGUUAGAGAACAGCAUGAGGGAAUCAGGGGAAGAACUGUACUUGAGGCAGCUUGUAGAUGAGCAUAAGCAAGGAGAGAAUCAGCUUAAGAAUGUAGUGUUUGGGUAUUCAUUGACGAUGUUUUCGAUGAUGGGAAUUGCACUUAUGCAUAUAUGUGAGAAAUUUGCGUUUUAUUAUAACCCCAAACUUAAUAUUUUGGAUGGGAUACUUAUUCUUGGGCUUACUACAUUGCCGAUAAACUUUAUGAUUAACAAAGCUAAAGGAGUAACCAUUAAUAUUUUCCAAUAUGACCGAAAAGUUCAAAUUGUUAUGGCCUUUGCUAUUCUAUCAUCUUGUAGUGUAAACUCGAUGGAAAUGUGGGCUCUAUUAUAUAUAUCAGUUGGUAAAGUGUCUCUGAUCUUCAACCUGCAUCCUCUAUUUUGUAUCUUUAUUGCAUGGAUCUUCUUGAGAGAAAGAAUCGACAAAAUGUCCAUAAUUUUCUCUGUUAUUGCCCCUGUUGGAAUUUACUUCCUCACUAUCAACCAGACAGACUUUGACGGAGAGUACAAUCCGAACACUCUAUUUGGCAUUACAAUCAUUUUUAUUGGAGCAUGAAACGAAGCAUGCAUCAUCAUAUGUCAAAGAGUGUUGUCUUUAUACAAAGUUGAUGCUUUACUAUACCCAUUUUAUUCAUCAUUAGGGUUGACAAUUUUAGGAUUGGGUGCAUAUUUGAUAUUCCCAGACAAAAUGUUGUUUCCAUAUUACGGAUUCACAGAUAUAAUUUUCUGAACUGCUUUUGGAGUAGGAUUGAUGGCCAACCAAGGAUUCCUUGGCUGUGCAUUGGAGUAUCAGAGUUCAUCCAGACUUGCUCCAUUGAACUACUUUGAGAACGUGUUCACCUUACUUUCAGAUGUACUCAUGUUUGGCUAUGUGUUUAUUUACACAGACUACAUAGGUAUUGCCAUAAUUACAGUUUGAUUAUGCACUCCUGCUUUUGUUAAGUUGCUAACAGCAGACUCUUAA